UUUCCCGGUGCAGCCUGGGAGGAGGGAGGGGAAUGGAUCUUUUCUAUGUGAGUCGCCGUAGCUCCCUCAGCCUGCUUCUUACCACCUGUCCUUGACUUACAGUGCUCAGACGAGACUGAGUGGAAGCUGUGCUGCUCACUCCUCCUUCUGGCUCCUCUCUGUCUGUGUUUAUGUGAGCAGCUGCAUUUUUUUUUUAAAAUCUUUCACUCUGUGUGUGGCUGUUUCUUUCUACCUGUGGUGCUUCAGUGGAGGGGCGAAGAGAGGAACGUCGGCUGGUUGAGCUCUGAUGGGAGGCAGCGCUGUCUCUGGCUGGGACUGGGGAUGCUGAACAGGGGGAGGGAGGGCCUGUUUGAGCUGGGACAGCAGCUCCAGCAGCAGGGGGAGUAUCAGGCCGCCCUCCACUGCUUCCUCAGCUGCCUCUUGGGACUGACCCAUGUGCAGAGCUUCACCUAUUUGCCCAACUGCCUACACCAGAUUGCAGAACUGUUCAUCACUGAAAAGAAUUAUGAGAAGGCCCUCCAGUUCAUCCAGGCUGAGAAAAUGUUCUAUGAGGUGGCAUUGAUCGAGCUCACAACUCUUCAUGGGAGCACAGGGCCACAGGAGGAGGCUACGCUGGGCUCUGCAGUAUGGACAACCCCAGAGGAGCUUUCGGAGCAGGCCUCCCAGGCACAGCACCUCGAACGGCUGGCCCAGCUCUGCAUCAUGAGCAAACAACCGCAUCUCGCUUUAGAAUACAGCGGUAAGGCUGCAAAGAUCCAUCAGAGGGCCUUUGGUAACGACCACCCCGUCACAGCCAGAAGCCUGGAGCUUAUGGCUACUGUCUAUGCUGAGAUCGGCAAGACUGAAUAUUCAGACUCCCUGGGUCAGUGUGUGUCUGCACUGUCCAAACGCUUUACUGCUGCAGAGUCCAUCAGAGACACCGUCAACUGUAUCCCUCAUUCCCACCGGGAGAAACACUCAGAGGUCCGCCACAGAAAGGACACCCACCACCAACAGGAGGAUGCACCGGAAACUAAGGUAACCAAUGGCAAAGUCCCCACCUCCAUUCUAAAGAGGCCAAGUCCCAACUACGGGUCAGACACAGAACCCAACCACAGACGGAAAGGCGAACGUAGGGUUCGAUUCAGGGAGCCAGAGACCACAGUACAUGCCUAUGAGACGACACCGUCCCGCCCCCACCUCGCCCUGUUCACCUGCCUCUUCCUGCUGAUGUCAUUCGUGGGUGUGGCCAUGUACUGCACAGACCGGCGGCGCCCACAGCGAGUGUGUGAGGAGCUGGAGGACGCUCUGUCUGUCUACGUGCUGCAUAUGAAACAGCUUGUGUGGGGCUGCUGGACAUGGCUGACCAUGCUGUGACUGAGGCCGACCACAGGUGGAGACAUGGAGCCUCCUUUCAUUUUGUCAGAGCCCUCUGUUUUCCCGUCUCUGAAGGAGCCGACAAACACCUCAGCCUUUUGGCAAGGCUCUGUACACUGUCUGUGGCUUUGAACCGCUCUCGCAGUGAAAAGGGGAAAAAUGUUUAAUCCCAGAAAUAUGUAGCUUCCAUGUCUUUAUGUACAAAUGUGCUACGGUAGUGGGCACGCCACUCCUUAUUUAAGCUGUGACUUUGCACAUCUGCAAUGUUGAUGCUCACAUAUACCGCUCAGUGAAUCACCACAACCAUUCGAUCUUUCAUGUCACUGUCUGUUGUAUGUGAGUGACUGUUUCCAUGGAAUGCAAAUAUUUAUUUCGCUUCAAUACAUGGUGUGUGUACAUCAGAUAUUACACAGAACUGAAUGUGUAUAUAUGGUUCAAUAUAAUAAGGACUAUCAAAAAUAUUCAGCCUUGUAUAAUUGCACAUAAAUGAAUGUAGAGAAGUUUGGAAACGGCUUUGAUUGGCACAGUGCACAUUGGAGGGGGAGGUGGACUGAAGCACACAUAUGGAACAGUUGGAUAAUUAUCCGUGAGAUAGAAAACACAGGGCUGCAUCACUUCACAGCACCAGGUUGAAUGUCUACCAGAUGAAUAUCACGUCUUUCUUUACAGACUGUCUGGUCUUCAGCUGAUUAGCUCCACUGAGGAGAAAAUCUACAGCACAAUGUUAUGAACGUCGAAGAGAAUAUGCUCAUACUGAAUGAAUACUAAUGCUUUUGACAGUGUUCCUCUUUAUAUCCGCUUGAAUUCCACAAAAUAACCUUGAUCCUAAAUGUUGUUUAUUCUUCUAUACUGUGUAUCUGCGUCUACGAAAAUAUCCAACUGUCAAUUAUUUUAAAUUUUUUUACUUUUUGUUACCCGUUACAUUUCUAUUUAGAAACAAUAAUAUUCAGGUUUUAACCGUGAUGUCAAAUGCUCAUCAAGCUUUGGACAAAAAUAAUAUAUAUCAUUUUGAUCAAGUUCAUUGCCAUUAAUAUGAGGCCAAACUGAAAUACGACAGAAUCAAACCACAAACGGAUUAUAGGAAUGAAUGGGAACAGCGAUGCCCAUCCCAAAGACCUCUCAUUAUGAGCAAUAACACACGUGACAUGGUUUCCAGUAAAACACAGUUCUUUAUAUAACAGGUUUCAGGGAACUCGGAAGGAAAUCGUCGGAUUGGAGGUUUUGCGUUUGAAUGUCAAAGCAAUAUAAGGCUAAUAGCGCCUGUAUAGAAGAAACACUCUCUGCUCUGUACUGUCAAACUAAAUUGUCAUGAGCAAUAAAACAAUACCCAGUGAACUCACGUCCUGCAUAGAAGCUGCAUUUCACGGCUGUCCAAACGUUUAUGGUCACUUUGUAAGAAGUGCCUUUCUGGAGGGUUUUCUUAGUUCCUACCGUUUUAUGAUUUCAGUUGUUUUGAAUAAAACUGUCAUUCCCUAUCAAA